UCCAGUUCGAUAAAUUGUAAUUGUGUGGAAAUCACCAACACAAAUUAUGCCUCCCCCUCGGGCAUCCCUGGCGUCAAUUAUAUGCCCUUCCACACCAUUUCUGGCUCCACGACUGCUUCGUGCUCCUCCAGCUCGUGCCGCACCGGAGCUAUUAUGCUAUACUCAUACGAGAAUCCAGCAGCACAGCACAAAACCAAAGCGCAAUGAUCGCAAAAAGAAGGCCGAGAAACCCAGAGCGAAGCGUCCGGAGGAUUCUAUGCAUAGCACACAAAUGCAAAUGCUAGAUAAAUUCUCCAAGGCAUGUGAGAUGCGCGCACUCCCAGAGAUGAUGGCCUGGUAUCCAAGCAUCAAAGGAUCUUCAUUGCUUAGCAGACAAGACACACGACGCAUUGCACAAGCGAUCCAUACCUAUCUUCGAUCGAAUCCGUCUCGAAAGCCAGACAUAGACCCUUUCAUUGAGCGCGUUGUGCAGGACAUCUGCUCAGGAGGAUUGCCACCAAGCCCUCAAGCCAACGUUCAUAUACUUAGUUUGUUCAAGGAGAGCAAGGAGUACGAUCGAGGGAUCAAAUUUUGGCAAUGGCUUUCUGGGAAAGACGAUACUUUCGUCGACCCAGCCGUUUAUGGCGCCGCAAUUGAACUAUUGGCCUACCAAGGCAAUACUGAGCUUCCGGUGCUUGAGGAUCUAUACAUCCAGGCCUUGAAGCGCUUUCCUGGCACUUUUGCGGAGUAUCAUCUCUCGCCCGAUGCCAUUGUACCGGACCGAACCCAGCCCUUGUCAAUCAUGGGCAUUCCCAUGAGUCUUUUACAGGGUAUUAUGACUGCAAGGGUACUGGCCCACGACUGGAAAAACGCAUACCUGGCUUUUGAUACGGCACUACGUCUUCAUCCAGCGGAUCUUCCACAUAGAUUUUUCGAAAUAUUCAUGAUCGAACGGUCACUUACUGAAGCGUAUACAGUCUUUCUGAUGGGCUGUCGAGCGGGUGUGGUUUUUCAACCUGGUCAUCUGACCUCACUUCUGAAGAAACUGAGAAUAGCUGAAGAGAGGACGUAUUCUUUACAGGAUAGGAUCACGCUAGUUCGUGGCAUGUCGAAUGCGAUAUACGCCUACUUGGAGUGUGGAGGUACCUUAGAAGGACCGCAUAUUGGCUCUUUGUUGAAUGCCUUCGGUGCAUUGCUACCAUUGAAAGAGCCUGGAAACAACUUCGAAGGCGACGAAGCCAUAAUCCGCGACCAGAUAGCGGUGACAGCGCACCGGAUUGCGGCUAGCCUGUUCGAAGCCGCAAUGACCCCACACCCCCAGGUGUUCACCGCUCUGAUCAGUCUAGCUGGCAAACUCAGAGUGCCUGGGCUACUGACAGUGUCUUUGAAUGAUGUGCAGAGUGCGCAGAUCGACAUAUCUGACAUAGGCCGUAGGAUCGUGCUUCUGGCUGCAGGAGACCUACAAGACACAGAUCUCAUAAAGCAAUAUUGGACACAGAUUGCCUCGCAUGCGGAGCAGAAUGCGGGGCCAAUCACGCGUGUUGACUGGCUCACGCUUGCUAGAGUUUGUAAGCGUGCAGGCUGUGAAGAUUAUGCCAGAGAGCAAUUGAAGACUCUCAAGCACGCCAUUAGUACUGAGCACGAGCUGAGUGUCUUAGAGGAGCUGAAUUUAGAGCAAACCAGACGGGAGCGACCGCUCACGUUUGUAGAUCCCACAGCAUUCUCUCGCGAGCUAGACGAGAUAAUACGACAGACGAAGGAUAUCGCGACUAUAACAAUGUCAGGACAGCCCUUAGACAUCCACCAAUCGCCUUUUUCCAUGGUACUAGACCCAUCCAAGCCACCUCUCGCGACGUUGUCAGACUUGAAUGUCGUUUAUGACGAAUUGACUACGGAUCCUCACCAGCCUCCUCCCGAGGCCGAUGUCAAGACGGUAGCCCAAAGCCCUACAGGCAUCUCCUUGGGAGAUUUGCGCUUUCAGAAUUGGGUCUCAGUCCUAGAACUGAUGGCUGAGGCCGAGAGAGCCGAAGCGAUUAUGGAAAAACGAGUAACCUGGGCAAUGGCCAACAAUAGACCUUUAGAUACUUCCUUCAUCAACAGUUUCCGCAGCGAGGGAGCUCCAGCAGAGUCCCUGAAAGAUGAAUUGCGCUCUCUGUCGGAGCUUCGAUCCGAGAUUAAACGUCUUCGAGCGCCUACUGGACCCGUUGAAAAUGGCUCGAGCAGACAUGCAGUAGGCAAUUCAUCUUGGUCACAGCGUUCGAAGCGGUUCUACACGACUUUGGCCGGUAAUACGGCCAAUGGCUCCGCUACCAGGACGCGGUUGUCUAAUAUUGAACCGGAGUUGACGGCCAGACCUACAUUGCGAUACUAUGUCUCCCUCGAGUCGUCGCAUGUUGCCCCUCAGCCAUGAAAGGUUUUGUAUAGAGGGAUGCGGAAGAGUGAAAAUCAAAGAGCGACCACUGAAGAGGUGACGCCGCCCGAGCCUUUGUGAGAUCGCCUCGAUAUCAUUGCCAUGCAAAGUCGCAAUACAAGAGCAUUGUACUGGGGAAGAGCUUACAAACUACCACGUAUACUGUGAAAAUAGAACACCAAAUUUACUCUAUAC